CCUUUUAUAUACAGACCGGUACUGUAAAAUCAAUCCGAUCAACACCUGUAUAACCUUGUAGACUUGCACAAAACAAAAGCACAGGUGUAUGCACAAAUUAUACACACAGCACAGCCCAAUUAUAAUCACAAGCUUUGCAACACAAAAUGGAGAGCUCUGAGUCUGGGUUGAGUUUUUCUGAGGGUGGCAACCUGGCAUGACUGUUUUACUUAAAGAUUUGAUGGAAUGGGAUGGUUUUUCGAAAUACGGGGGUUUCUGAUUGAUUUCUGUUAUGUUAAAUAUUAAUUCAUUGGUGCGCAAGAUUGUAUGAUCAGAGUUUUGCUGGUGCGGUUUGCCUACUGAAGUCGGAUAUGGGUCUUUUUUUGUCUGUCAUUGUGCAGCGAAUCACGAGGAUAUGAUGGUACCUCCAGUUGAAGGCGUUGCUGGAGGUGGGACAGCAUAUGGAUGGGAUGAUGGCUUGCAUGAUCCAGGUUUACUUGGGGGUACUAUUGAUCCAACAAAAGUUCCUUCUGCAGAAUUAAUGCAUGUAUGGUGUAUGCCGAGCACAGCAAAUGUUGGACUGCAAGAUAUGCCUCGACAAUAUGAGCCUAUAUCUCUUCUAGCUGCACGAAAUGAGAGGGAAAGUGUUCAAAUUGCUAUACGUCCAAAAGUUUCUUGGUCUGCAUCUAGUGUGGCAGGAAUUGUCCACAUUCAGUGCAGUGAUCUAUGCUCCGCUUCUGGUGACAGGUUGCUAAUUGACAAAUCAAUAACACUGCGGCGGGUGGUGCCAGUCUUGGGAGUUCCAGAUGCACUAGUGCCUCUUGAUCUGCCAGUCUCACAAAUCAGCUUACUUGCAGGUGAGACAACAGCAAUUUGGUUAUCUGUAAAUGUUCCAAGUGCACAACCCCCAGGUCUUUAUGAAGGAGAGUUGAUCAUAACCGCCAAAGCUGAUUCAGAAUCUUUAUCGCAAAUCCUAGGCAAAGCUGAGAAGCAGCAGCUAUACAGAGAACUUAAAAAUUGUCUUGACAUUUUGGAGCCAAUUGAUGGUGGAAAACCUUUGGCUGAAGCAGUUGAGAGAGCGAAAUCUGCAACAACAUCCUUACGGAGGAUUCUCGUGUCACCAUCAUUUUCUGAUUUCUGUAUAGACAAUGGCCCUGUGGAUAUGGAGGAAGAUGCUAUUUCAAACUUUUCAAUACGACUGAAGCUAAAUUUGACCGUGUGGGAUUUUGUUCUUCCAGAAACCCCUUCACUUCCUGCAGUGAUUGGUAUAUCUGACACUGUAAUUGAAGAUCGGUUUGGUGUUGAACAUGGGAGUAUUGAGUGGUACGAGGCAUUGGACCGUCAUUUUAAAUGGCUACUGCAAUUUAGAAUCAGUCCUUAUUUCUGCAGAUGGGGGGAAAGUAUGCGUGUUUUGACAUAUACAUCUCCAUGGCCAGCUGAUCAUCCAAAAUCAGAUGAAUAUUUUUCAGACCCGAGACUUGCAGCAUAUGCUGUACCAUAUAACCCAGUAGUUCCAAGCGGUGAUGCUGCUAAAAAUUACCUGCAAAAAGAAGUCGAGAUACUGAGAACAAAAAAUCACUGGAAAAAGGCGUACUUCUACCUGUGGGAUGAGCCUCUUAAUCUGGAACAGUACAAUGCCAUUCGUAACCAAGCCAGUGAUAUCCAUGCAUAUGCACCUGAUGCUCGUGUUCUGACAACUUACUACUGUGGCCCAAACGAUGCACCUCUUGCUUCUACCUCAUUUGAGGCUUUCUUGAAAGUGCCUGAAUUUCUGCGCCCUCAUACGCAAAUAUAUUGUACCAGUGAAUGGGUGAUUGGCAACCAAGAGGAAUUGGCAAAAAGAAUUGUUGCAGAGAUUCAGCCAGAAAAUGGUGAGGAAUGGUGGACAUAUGUAUGUUUAGGGCCAUCUGAUCCUCAUCCGAAUUGGCACUUAGGAAUGCGAGGCACACAACAUCGUGCAGUUAUGUGGAGAGUGUGGAAAGAAGGCGGAACAGGUUUUCUAUACUGGGGUGCCAACUGCUACGAGAAGGCAACAGCUGCCAGUGCAGAGAUAAGAUUCAGGCGGGGCCUUCCACCUGGUGACGGUGUCUUGUUUUACCCCGGUGAGGUGUUCUCACUUUCACAUCAGCCAGUUGCUUCAGUUAGAUUAGAGCGGCUGCUGAGUGGCUUACAAGACAUUGAAUACCUGAAGCUGUAUGCUUCAAAAUUUGGUAGGGAGGAAGGAACUGCUAUUUUGGAGAAGACAGGGAUGUAUAUGGGCCCUGAGUGCUACACUCAUGAUCAUACGCCAAUUGAUGCAAUGCGAGGGGAGGUGUUCAGGACCUGUCGAUCCUAAUCUCAUUUGUGACUGACUAUUCUCAUGUUUAUAACUGUGUUUUGGUGUUAAAAUAACUGUCAGCUUCGUCUCUGUGUAUACUUAUGUCACACGAAGGACAGAAAAUAGUUUUUCUUUACUUCACCUUUGGGCCUGUAAAUCGUUUCUGUGAGCAUAUGGCUCCAUGCCCUUGUACCAGAGCUGUCCAAUUUACUGGAUUUGUUAAUCAUAUCGUUUUUGUUAAGUA